AUUUCAGCAGGAACAAGACCAGCCGCAGCACCAGAAGCUCGCGCCAUGUCGACCACGGCAUCUCCAGUGAAGCUGGUGUCAACGCCAAAGCCGGAGUGGCAUGGGCCCAACAAACUGUAUCAACCGCUGAUCGGCCCGCCUGUCACUUCGGGAACGCACCCGCCCAAUGAUUUCCGGGGUACGGUCCAGACGGAGGCGCAGUCCAUCGAGGCACAGUUUUUGCGCGAGCGCGCACAGAUGCUGUGGGACACGGGCAAAAUCACGUUUCGGUGGCCCUACCUGGACCAGCCGCACUUUGGAAAGACGUACGCCUACGCCUGCCCGCGCUUCCUGGACCCCCGGCUCCGCACGAAGGGCUACGAAUACGCAAAAACCCGGGAGCUCAUGGCCUACAAGGACAAAUACCCCCCGAAGGUCAAAAGGAAAAACUCACUGUCGCGGUCCGCACGGGACAUAAGCAAACUCCAAGAGGACCUGAUGAACGUGGAGGAAAGGGAC